GCAGCGUAGGCCAUUUUCUUUGCCCUCGGGCGGCCCCUGGCGGCGGUGGCCCUGCCGCCACGGGCCGGCAUGGAGCAGGGCGCCCCGGCAGGCGGGAGCGCGGGGGCUGCGGGCGCGGCUCCUGCAGCCGUCGCCCCGGUGGUGGUGGUGGAGGAGGAGGAGGAGCGCGAAGGCUGUGCGGGCCUGUGGGAGCUGCCCGUGGAGCGCUGCGAGAGGCGGCCCGAGUGCAGCCGCUGCGGCCGUCCUCAGAAGGUGUGCUUGUGUCCAUUCCUGCCAGUACAUCCACUAAAAGUCUCCACCUGCUUAUAUAUAAUUCAGCAUCCAGCAGAGGAAAGUCGAGUGUUAAGGACAGUACCUCUGCUAGUGGCUUGUCUCCCUCCAGACAAAUGUAAAGUUUUGAUUGGUCGACGUUUUAGUGAAGACAGCAUACUACAGUGUCAUCUCUAUUUCAGGUAUCCUGAAUUAGCCACAGUGUGCAGAAAUCCCAAUACUCUAAUUUUGUAUCCUGGAGCUGAAGCAACUAAUUUGGAAGAAAUUGCCUUGAUGCCUUCCAGUCCAUCUGUGAUGAUAAUCAUCGAUGGAACAUGGAGUCAGGCUAAAGAUAUAUUUUACAAAAAUUCUCUCUUCCGGCUUCCCAAGCAGGUGCAAUUAAAAACCAACAUUUCAAGUCAGUAUGUAAUUCGUACACAGCCAACAAACACCUGCCUGUCUACACUUGAAUGUGCAGCUGUUGCUCUUACCAUCAUGGAAAAAAAUAAGAGUAUACAAGAGACUAUACUCCGUCCACUUCAAGCUUUAUGUUCUUUCCAGCUUCAGCAUGGCGCCCAGAUCCACCACAGCAAGGAGCAUCUUCUCAAAAAUGGCAUGUAUGACAAGCCCAUGCCAAAGAAUAAACGCAAACUCAGAAGAAUGGAACUUUUGGCCAGAGACCUACAGCCGCAUCUACAAGGAGACAAUCACUGAUGUCCAGAGCAUCUGGAGGAGUCAAUGCUGUACUUUGGAGAAGAAAAAAAUUACUGAGAAUGUACAGGGAGACUAUGGGAGUAAAAGGCAAACUUCAACUAUAUAAGCAAUUUUUGUCAUCUGCUGUGCUGAAUUAGUGCUUUUUUUAAUGUACAGAAGGCACUUGGCUGAAAGUCAAUGUUGAUAUGUUAUGGUACAAUGAAAUGUUGCUGCUUGCGUGUAAACCCAGGGUUUAAGUCUACUGCUCUGCUUAUCUGGCCUUCUCAUUCAUGAACAGAGUUCUGAAUUAGAGCAUCCAGCUGUGGCCUUGUCUGAAGAAUUCAGACUUCCUGGGAAUGUGAUACUUGUUUCAGUGUCAAAACACCCCAAACUGCUGGAGACACUCCCUGUGAGCUAAAGCCAGCAGGGAGAGGCGGUGGUUCUGUUCCUGAACUAACUGGAAGCAAGUCAGUGAUGAAAACAACUGGAUAUUACUGCUGGCUGUGGUUACAGGAAUAGUUGCAUUUGUGAUUUUCCACUCUAUAUGGGGCAUGUUUUUAGCUAAGCAUGACUCCUUGGUGAGGUCAAAUGUCCACCUGCCUUGUCUGACAGGGUCAAAUGGGGUAGCCUGUUGAAUGUAGAGGUGCAUUGGCAUGCUCUGUUUUUGAUAGUUUCUGUUCCUUUUAGCACAGGCAUAUGCUGAGACAAAAACAGUAUCUUAAUAUCCAAUAAGCUUGGGAUGUGUUUUUCCUUAUUUUAGUUAUCUGAGUAGAAUUCUGUAAUUCUCAGUUUUGGCCUGUGUCACCAGUGUGAAACUCCUGUAUUUAUCAAAGGCAUUUUUCUCUUUCGUUCCAUUUGGCCAGAUAGGUGCAGCAGCCUUACUGUAAGAAGUUCUUACCCAAAGAUGCCCCAAAGCCUUUUCUCUUCUGUCUAUCUCAAGAUAUUAGCCUCCCUUGAACAAGAUGCAGAAUUUCAAAGGCUGCACCUGCUGUGCUCUAAUGCAUUGGUCACCUAGUCACUUCAUUCUUACAGAUGAUCAUUCAGGACCAAGUUAACUCUUGACUUGUGUUCUAGCUGAUGUGAGGAUUGUAAUGAAAUGCAGAAAUGUGUAUUAAAAUUGGUGAAUGUCCUUCCCUUCCUCUCCACAAACCUGUAUUUGAUCUUUGUUAUUUAAUGACCGGUUUUACUGCGUUAUAUCCCUGAUGAACUGCUGUCAAUUCUCAAGUACUUCUACUUCUUGUUCUUCCUCAUGAAGGGUAUACCUGACAGGACUUGGCAGGUAUGGACAGAAGGGAGAUCCUCUUAAACCCAUACUACCAUUUAAUCAGGAAGAUGGGUCUGGGAUACCACCCCCCUCCUCCUCUGGACCAGUCACACUGCUUCCAUGUUGCAUCUAGUUUCCUAGUCUUUUCUGGUCUCUUGCCUGUGGAGUAGGAUCAAGGCCUAAGAAUAUAAUGUUCUAUCACUCUUAACUACUGAUUUAAAAGAAAAAAGUUACUAAGCCACCUGUUUGCAUUAGGAUCAAGAUAAGACUUAAAGGAAAACCAAUUUUGCCUCUAUGUGCUAGACUUGGGAAGACAGGAAAUAGGGCUGGUGCUGUGCAGUAGGGUUGGGUGUCCAGGAGGUGGCACUUGAAGUAUUCCAUUGCACCGAGAGCAGAAACCAGCCUGUAAAUGAAGAGGAAAGGCUGUAUUUGUUAGCUCUGUGCUAAAAGGAAAAGUCAUAAUGGAGUGGAUGUGUGCUUUUAUCCAAACACCUCAGGCAUCCCUUCCGACCUUUGAAUUAAUGCUGGGUAUGAUUAUGGAGUGGUACCCAGAAUUAAUUCAAAGGUUGGAAAAAUGUGUGUUUGCCAUUUGAUGCCUGUGCCUUUUCUUUUUUGACUGACUUGAAAAUUGCUAGGUAAAUUCUAGGCUUUUGGGGAGCCUGCUUUUGUUUUCUUUCAUGUUUUUUGUUUUGUAUUUAUCCAGAGGCUAAUGUUCCAACUUGUUGUGCUUAGAGUAUUAUUGAUGCUGACAGACAACCAGAAUAUUUUCUCAUCUCAGCAAUGAUUUUAAUCUUACCAGCUUGGUUUAAAUGGUGUGAAAACAGCUUCCACCUGACUAACACUCUAGUCUAUAUAUAAAUAAAUAGACCUGAAGUGUAUUUUAAGUCUGGAAGGCAAUGUGAGUAAGAAAUCAAAGCACACCUGGACUAGUAGUCCAUGACUAAGAUAUUUUCCCUUACUGAGCAGAAGCUUUAUAGAGGGGCCUUGUCAGCUGGCUUAUUAGUGCUAUGGAGAAGAUGGUUGUUUCAGCCACUUGCCUUAAAUAGUUAGAAAACCACAAGCCACAGCUGGUAUGACUUCUAUAAAAAGAAAUUACAUGGCCUGAAUCAUAGGUGUUUAAAACAUUUUCACCCUUAAUAAGCUGGAACAACUAGCUGGGGAUUCUUAGCUUUGAUUAAAUGCUUGGAGCAGCCAACCCUUCAACUGUACAACUUCCAAAAUGGCAGGUGUUGAUUUUUCUCCCUUAGGCAGCAAGUGAAAAUGCACUUGUAUUUCCGUUUACAUUCAAACUGGAAAAAAAACAAAACAAAGACUUUUUUUAAAACUAGUUUCUGAAGAACAGUAUUUACCAUUGGGUGAAUGAUAGUAGCUAAAUCCCCCUUGGUUUCCUUUUGCCUUACAGUGAAAGAUAGGUCCUGACCUUGGAUCUCAGUUAUGCCUGGGCCUUUAGGCAAUACUUUAGCAACAUAAGUAGGUUUUAAAUGAGACUCCUGAGACCCAUUCAGGAGUGCACAGGUGUGAGGAGAGUGUGCUGGCCACCCCAGCUCUGAUGUAUGUAAUUAGGCCAGAUAUGGAAGACUACUGUGCAGGUAGAGACCAGAAGUGUGUGGAGUGUAUUCCUGGCAGCUGUGUGAACCAAAGCCUACAUCUCAAGGGUGGAUAUACCAGGAUGUCAGGAGAUUAUAGCUUUUGCCCCCAUCCUUGUUAGCACUGCCCAAGAGCAAAGCAAGCUCCACGUUGUGUGAUGGUGCCAAAAACAACCUGGCUAUCUCCAGCUCUGGCUUAAACCUUUCUUUGGACCAAAAGAAAGCCUGGCUCCUCUCCAAGAAAUGUAAGAGCUCAAAAUAAAGGUUGUGAAGUGCCUAUUCCAUUACUAAAUGGAUAUUCAGCCUCAUGGCCAGGUAUGUCUGGCACAAGCACACUUACAAAUUUCCAUUUGCUUCCCACUGUGGAGUGCGUGUGUGUGUUGUUUGGGGGGUUGUGGGGUUUUUUGUUUUGUUUCUGUUUCAGAUUUUUUUUUAUUGGCAAAUAUUGUUAGCAGAAUAAAUGCUUUUACUUGAAAUGCCUGUUGAAGAUGCACACAAAAGAGCAGAUCUGUAAUGUUACAAAUUCAUGAAAGUAAAUCUUCCCAUGAAGUGUCCUCCUUUCUGCUGAACUCACCCCUCCCGUUCAUACACUUUCCUGGCUAAUGGUAAAACAAAUGAAAAAGCUUCCUUCAGAAAACGCCUUCUACCACCACCUCCUUCCCUCAGAAUAUAGCCAAACUGCUCAAGCUGUCCUGACAUUACUGGCAGAGUUAGGUUUCUGUGCAGUGUCUGUCAGCUAUGCUCUGUUUAUAAGCAGAUUUCUUUCCAGUCAAGACCUUUGGACAGGGUAAUAAACAAAUCUCAGCUGAUCUUCAUUUCUCUGUAAUCUGCUCUUUUCUAGCAUUUAUGUGAAAUUUGUAUGUCAUGGACUUUCCAGGGGAUGAACUAUAGGUCCAAUCCACCAGAAGUACGGUAUGACUCAGUUUUAGUGCUGUUAUAAUGUUAGCACACAGGAAUAACUAAUACAAAUAGGCAUGUCAUGUGGGGGCACUAUUGUAGCCACUUACUCAGACUUCAUCUCAUUUGCAUUUGAAAAUUUACAGCAGCAGAAUGUUUCUGCAAAAAUUUCCUGCCCUCCUAAAGCUGCUGUUUAACGUGAGCUUUCUUGUGGUUCAACUGCUGGUUAUCGUUUUAAGUGAUCUGUGCUGCUGAGUGGAAAAACAAUAGCGAAAAAGGUUAAUAUAGGAAACGUAGCUUCCUGGGUUGCUUGUUGUUGAAGUUUGGUUUACUUCAUUGAUGAGACAAACGUUAUUUUAUCUAUAAAAAUUUCCUACAAAACAGUACCAGUUUCCCUAUGAGUUCUGCCAAAGCAAAUAUUCCCAUGGCUUUAUCUUGUGACAUAAGCUGAUGUUCCAUAUACUUUUUUCUACCAUAAAAAGACAGUCUGUAUCCAAGAUGAGUUUCCAAUAUCCCUGUCUUGCUGCAAGAGACAACAAAUGUUUUGAGUCCAUUUAUUGGACGCUUUUCUGGAAUUAACCCUUACACCAAACAGCUACAUCUGCCUGGUUUUAUUUUGUAGUAGCUGACCAGAAAUGGAAAGAAGAAAAACGGGCAGUUUCAGUUGUUUGUAUCAUUUCCUGUUCUGUGAUAAAGUUGCAAUGAGAUAUUAAAUGAACAAUUUAAAGCUGUUGACAAAAUGAAAGCCAUGCUGUUUGUGAUAUUCCCAUAUGCUGAAAAGGUUGUCAGAAUUGCUGGAAAUUAAAAAUACAAAAGCUUGUCACUAA